AUGCACAAGUCAGACCAUGAUAUUCUAGAAGAGUUUACACAGAAAAGGCUGAAAGAGCUGCAGCAGCAGAUAGCUCUGAGAGAAAUAACCGACGAAACAUUGCUGUGCAAAAAAACAAAAACAGACACGCUUAUCGUGCAUUUCUACGAUAAAAGUUUCAAAAGGUGCAAGGAGAUGAACGCUGUGCUGGAAGAGAUAGCGCCAAAAUACCCAGCAAUCCAGUUCCUGUGCGCUGAGGCAGAAAAGUUUCCUUUUUUGACAGAGCGCCUGGAGAUCGAACAGCUUCCAUAUUUGGCCACUUUUUCAGAGGGCUACUUCAUGGGAGGGAUAAUAGGCUUUCAGGACAUAGGCGAGGAAAACCUGGACAAAAGCCUGCUAGAACAGUAUAUUAAACAGUCCAGCCUGCUUGAUAAGAAGGUCCAGAAAAGUAACCAAUAA